AUGGGGCGUUUUUACUUGUUAUUUUCAGUGAUUGUGUCAUGGGUUUUGUUCCUCCCAAGUACCCAUGAGUUGCAAACUUCUCAGAGCCAAGUGUUAUUGCAGCUGAGGAAACAGUUAGAGUUCCCUUCCCCAUUAGGAGUUUUUGAGAAUUACACUGGAGACCUCUGUAACCUAUCUUCCUCUGCACAGAUGAGCAUUUCAUGCCAGGACAAUUCCAUCACUGAGCUCAAAGUUAUGGGAGACAAGCUCUUUAAUGUCACUGAGUUCAAUGGAUUUGCAAUUCCCAAUAAGACACUUUCUGAGAAGUUUUCCAUUGAUUCAUUUGUGACCACACUGUCAAGGUUGCCUAGCUUGAGGGUUCUUAGCUUAGUGUCUUUGGGGAUAUGGGGUCCAUUGCCUGAUAAGAUUCAUAGGUUAUCCUCGCUUGAAGUCUUGGACUUGAGCUCAAAUUUCAUAUAUGGUUCAAUUCCCCCUAAGAUAUCCACAAUGGUCAAACUUCACACUUUAAGCUUGGAGGCCAAUUAUUUCAAUGAGACUGUUCCUGAUUGGUUGGACUCGUUAUCAAACCUCAGCAUUUUGUGCUUGAAGAACAAUCAGCUCAAGGGUCACUUUCCUUUUUCAAUCUGCAGGAUUAAGACUCUCACUGGCAUUGCCCUGUCUCAUAAUGAGCUCUCUGGAGAAUUACCUGACAUGAGUGCUUUAACCGGCCUGCAUGUAUUGGAUUUGAGAGAAAAUCAGUUGGAUUCUGAACUACCAGUGAUGCCGAAAGGAUUGGUUACAGUACUUCUUAGCAAGAACUCAUUCUCAGGAAAGAUUCCGGUGCAAUUUGGUGAUUUGAGUCAGCUUCAGCACCUUGAUCUAUCAUUCAAUAAUCUAAGUGGUGCAGCACCCUCUAACUUGUUCUCUUUGCCAAAAAUCAGUUAUCUGAAUUUAGCAUCCAAUAUGCUGAGUGGAGCAUUUCCAAACGGUCUAAAUUGUGGUGGCAAACUUGGUUUUGUUGAUAUUUCUAAUAACAAGUUGGCAGGGGAUCUUCCUUCUUGCCUGGGUAGCACCUCAGAUGACAGAGUUGUUGAACUCAGCGGAAAUUGUUUAACGAAUGCUUCCCAACACCAGCAUGACCUUUCAUAUUGUAAAAAGUCUCUUGCAAGGAGAAAGCAAUAUAGUGUGAGAGAGAUUGUGGUGCUAGUUGCUAUUGUCAUUGGAGCUCUUCUUGUUUUAGUACUUCUUGUACUUGUGGUUCUUCCCUUGUGUAGAAGAUACCGUUCAAGGAAGUCUGAGAAAAACAUAUUUGCAAAAGCUGUGCCCGAUAAUUCACCAAAUGAUUUUUGCUCAGACCUCAUUACAAAUGCUAGAUAUAUAUCUCAAGCAGCCAAAUUAGAGACACAUGGCGCCCCAGCAUGUCGAUCGUUUUCUCUUGAAGAGUUGAAGGAAGCAACAAAGGACUUUGAUUUCUCAAUGUGUUUGGGUGAAGGCUCUAUGGGAAAGAUUUACAAAGGAAAAUUGGAAAAUGGGACCUCAGUUGCAAUCAGAUCUCUGGCUAUAUCAAAAAAAUGUUCAACUCAAAACCUUAAAGUUCAGCUGGAUACACUCUCAAAGCUUCACCAUCCUCACUUGGUUGUCCUGUUGGGUCACUGCAUUGACUGUAGCGGACAAGAUGAUUCUGGUGGCAACAGACUUUUCCUCGUAUAUGAAUACAUCUCUAGUGGGAAUUACCGUACCUAUCUUUCAGAAAACUAUCCAGAGAAGGUUCUCAAGUGGUCUGAUAGAUUGGCAAUCCUAAUAGGAGUUGCGAAAGCUGUCCAUUUUCUACACACUGGGGUUAUUCCAGGUUCUUUCAACAAUCGAUUGAAAACAAACAAUAUAUUGCUAGACGAGCAUAGGAUUCCAAAGCUGAGUGACUAUGGGAUGUCCAUCAUCACAGAAGAAAUUGAAAAACUUGAGGCAAAGGGAGAAGGCCCAAAAUCCUGCCGUAAAAAGGAUCUGGAGGGUGAUGUUUACAACUUUGGAUUUAUACUACUUGAAUCACUCGUCGGUCCUAUAGUAAGUGGCAAAGGGGAAACCUUUCUGCUGAAUGAAAUGGCAUCGUUUGGGAGCCAAGAUGGUCGAAGAAGAAUUGUGGAUCCAAUUGUGUUGACAACUUGCUCACAAGAAUCGUUAUCCAUUGUGGUAUCGAUCACAAAGAAAUGCAUAUCUCCAGAAGUAUCAACUCAUCCCUCUUUCGAAGAUGUGCUUUGGAACUUGCAGUAUGCAGCUCAAGUCCAGGCCACCGCUGAUGCUGAUCAGAAAUCGGAUGCUACAAUCUGAUAUAAUCUUACACUGCUACUGUCUUGCUUGUAAUGUAAG